UUCUUUCAGGAUUGUUCUACACUUCCGGCGGAUGGCCAAAUAACAUGGGCUGAUGCGUUUAUCAUUGUAUACAGUAUAUGUGAUAAGUAUUCGUUUGAACGCGCUAAGCUGCUCCUUGAGACAGUCAACAAACAAAGAUCGUCGUCGUACGUCCCAACAUUACUUAUCGGCAACAAAACGGAUCUAGAACACCGCCGGGAAGUAGGUGUCGAUGAGGGCCACCAGAUGGCGCUUGAGUUUAACUGCCAGUACUACGAGGUGUCAGCAGCCGAGACCAACAUCACUAUAAGUGUUGCCUUCCAGGCACUUCUGCGAGAAACUAAAAUUGUGCAACAGAAUAAACCUUUAUUAAAACGAAGACGAAGCUCUCUUGUAACCGUAUCACGGAAAUUGGGAGCCAUGUUCGGAAAGAAGGACAAUGAACUGGAUAGGAGAAGGACAUCAGUUGAUAUUCCAAGUCCUAAGCUGACGUCAUGACGAUGACGUCACGGAGUGAUAGGAAAUAUCAGUUAUUGUCAUCCUGCAUAUCAUCUAUUGAUUGAUACCAAUGAAUAUAUUGAGGAAAUCUAACCCAAAGUGUAAAAACAGUAUUGAAAGCAAUAGGAAAACUGUGGAAAUCCUCUAUCUUAGGUUUCACAUUGAAUCUGAUUUAUUUGUUCCGUCGUAUAAUGUCGUAUUGUUUAUAGCGUGUACGCUGGAUUAUAAAUAUCCAUCAAAUUGCUAUGAAAACGUGAUAUGAGGUUUACAACAUAUUAAUGUAGUGCAAAGACGCUUACCCUGUAAUCACGCGGAGAACGAGAUCAUAAACCCAACACCUCGUUAACCCGAUGUUGACGCACAGUUCCCGGGUAAUACGACAGAGAAUGACAGGCUUUCGUCGAUUUUGUGACCAAGACGAACAUGUGAUUUGUUUACGUUGGCGUGAAACGCCAGGUGUGUGUGAUAGUUGUUAAAUAAUAUUGUUACUGUUGUGUUUCAGAGAUGCUAUUUGAUAUCUUGUAAUUAAAGCUGAAAUCCUGCUUUCAUCUUAAA